AUGCAUCAAAACUCAUACUUGAUGGAUUUUUCUACAGAAUUUGUUAAAUCCGAAAACGAAUUAUACUUAGAUUCAAGCCGCGCUUUUCAGUGCGACAUAUGUCAAAGAAUAUGUAGGGACGAAAAUUCUUUAGAACGUCACCGUUCCAUGGUGCACAGCGAAUACAAUCAAGCUCCUCGAGUCCAAUGCGACAUCUGUGGAAAGUGGCUUAUUCACGACAGAUCUCUCAAAGUCCACAAGACAAGAAAACACACCGAAAACUGCAACGAAAAAUAUAUAUGCAAUAUCUGCGGCAAGAAGUUAUCUUCUAAAAGAGGCCUUGAUAGUCAUAUUAACGCCCAUCAAGGCUUAAGGCCGCAUAUUUGCCACCUAUGUAAAAAAGCUUUUAGUGAUAAAAAGACUUUAACUUCGCAUUUGAGGACGCACACAGGGGAAAAACCCUUCGUUUGCAAUGUGUGUGGAAGAGCGUUUUCGCAGAAUAGUGCCCAAAAAGUGCAUAUGAAACUACACACUGGCGACAGACCCUUUAAGUGUAAACUGUGCGAUAAAGCCUUCGUAUGCAGGUCUGGACUUGUAUCGCAUGAGAGAAAUCACACCGGAGAAAAACCAUUUAAAUGCAAUAUCUGUGAUAAAGUAUUUACACAAAUAAGUACAAAAAAUUAUCACGUCAAAACGCACUCAACAGAAAAACCCUUCGGAUGUAAUCUUUGUGAUCAAGCGUUUUUCACAAAACCAUUUUUAAAACGGCAUUUAAAAAAUAAACAUGCAAAUGCUUUUGGGAAAAUCCUGUUAACAUUUUCAACAAGCGGAGUAAAGUUUAAAUACAAGGUAAAAUUCGAGUUGGGAAGAAAAGUAUACGUCUGCCACAUAUGUAAGAAAUCAUUUAUAAAGAAAAGCUAUUUGCGGAACCAUUGCAUUUCUCAUCUUGGUACAAAAACGCAUUCUUGUAAUGUAUGUAGUAGAAAUUUUAAGAGAAAAUACGAGCUGAGCAGCCAUAUGAGGGUUCAUGAUACAAAUAGGACCACUUUUCAGUGUGAAGCAUGCGAUAAAGUUUUAUCGUCGAGGGGUUCUUUAAAGAUCCAUACAAAAAGGCAUUUAAAAGAUUUUGCCAUUAAGUGCGAGUUCUGCGAGGCAGGUUUUUAUUCGAAAAACGAAUAUCAGUUACAUUUGGGUUCGAAGCACAAAACCAGCGAUUUUGUUUGUGACAUAUGCAGUAGAACUUGCUAUGACAAAAACACCCUAGAAAGACAUAGAGCCAGGCACAGUGAAGACUAUAAGGUUCCAAAGGUACAAUGCGAACUCUGCGAGAAAUGGUUUAUCUCUGAGCAAUCUUUAUCAGUUCACAAAAAAAGAAAGCACAGCGGAAACAGCGAUGAAAGCCAUAUAUGCGAUAUCUGCGGGAAAAAAUUGUGCUCAAAAACAAGCCUUAACAAUCAUAUCAUAGUUCACAAGGGCUUGCGGCCUAACAUUUGUCAGUAUUGUAAUAGAGGAUUCGCGAAUAAAACAACUUUAGUAUUGCAUUUAAGAACGCACACAGGUCAAAAACCAUACACAUGCCAUGUUUGUGGGAAAUCCUUUUCGCAAAGUAGUGCUCACAAAAUACACCUUAGACAGCACUCUGGUGAAAGACCUUUUAAGUGCAAAAUUUGUGAAGAAUCAUUCUUUUCCAGUAGUAGCAUGAACCUGCAUAUUAAGAAUAAACAUAAAACUAUCUCCACAAAUCCAUUAGUUACUACAUUAACGUUCAGAACCAAAGGAAUAAAAUUUGAAUACGCAAUAGUUGAGGAAAAAGGAAAAAAGUUAUUUUGCUGUCAAAUAUGUCCAAAAAGGUUUCCAAAUAAAAUCUACUUGAGAAAACACAGUAUGAUUCAUAUUGAUGUAAAGCCAUUUACAUGUAAUGUCUGUUUUAAGUGUUUUGAUCAUCAGUGGAAACUCAAUACACACUUGACGAUUCAUGAUGAUUCUAGAGAGAAACUUAAAUGUGAAAUUUGUGAUAAACAAUUUGCUACAAAAGGGUCUUUAAAGUUACACACCAAGAGGCAUUUUGGGGAGUAUUCUGUCAAAUGUGAAAUUUGCAAUAUUGGGUUUUACUCUAAAAAUGCAUUUGAAUUGCAUCAGGGUUCCAAACAUGGAGAUAGCAAUUUUGUUUGUGAUAUAUGCGGAAAAACUUGCUAUGAUAAAACAAUUCUUAAAAGGCACAGACUCAGACAUAGCGAGGAUUACAAAAUACCAAAAUUUCAAUGCGACGAGUGCAAGAAAUGGUUUUUAACUCUGCCAAAUUUAAAAAAACAUAUUAAAAAAAUCCACAGCACUAACAGCGAUGAAAAGUAUGUUUGUUAUAUUUGCGGAAAAAAGCUGUGCUCUUCUUCUAGUUUAAAAGACCACAUAACAGUCCACAAAGGCUUGAAGCCAUUUAAAUGCACUUUCUGUGGAAAGGGAUUUGCUCACAAAUCAACUCUGAUUCUUCACACCCGGACACAUACAGGACAAAAACCUUAUUCCUGUAAAAUUUGCGAGAAGUCUUUCACACAAAGCAGUGCCCAUAAAACUCACUUAAGGCAGCACUCUGGAGAAAAACCAUACCCCUGUAAACUAUGCCACCAGUGUUUUAUCUCAAGUAGUGCCAUGAAUGCACACAUCAAAACUGAACAUGCUACGAUUACCGAAAUUGUUAAAAAUGGACUUCAUAAAAACCUGAGAAAAUAUUCUAAAAGAUUACUGAAAGGCAAACUGGCGGAAGAUCUGUUAAAGGUAGAACUUGACGAGGAUGUACAGGACUCCAAGCUUAAGUAUUGUCCUGUGUGUUCGAAAGUUUUUAAGGAUAAAAGGCGACUUAAUAAACACAUGUUCUCACAUAGCGAUAUACGCCCUUACAAGUGCGAUCUCUGCGAUAAAACGUUCAAGAGAAAGUACGAAGUUUCAGUUCAUAAAAGAAUCCAUGGUAACCAGGAAACCUACGAAUGCGACUAUUGCUCGAAAAAAUUAAAAUCCAAAGGGUCGUAUGUUAUUCAUAGAAAAAGGCAUUUGAAGCAAUACGUAGCCAAGUGCGAGGUAUGUGGAGCUGGCUUUGUUACUAACCAGGAAUACAACAACCACAUGGGAUCGAAGCAUGGACAAAGUGCUCAUGUAUGUGAUAUAUGUGGGAGAGGGUGUUACGAUAAAGCUGCUUUACAGGGCCACAUGGCAAGACACGCUGAAAAUUACGAAAAUAAUCAAAGCAUCAGAUGCGAUAUCUGCAACAAAACGUUUCUACAGGAAAAAUACCUCAAGCAUCACUUCAUGAGAAUUCACAAAAACGGAGGGCAAAAAUUCGUUUGCGACUUGUGCGGUAAAAAAGUUAAUUCCAAGCGUAGUCUGCGGGACCACUUGCUCAUACACGAAGGCUUAAAACCAAUACAGUGCAAAGAAUGCGGCAGAUGCUUUGCAUUGAGAACAACUUUAAAACUUCACAUGAGAACACAUACAGGUGAUAGGCCGUAUGUUUGUUCGAUCUGUGGAAAAUCUUUUACACAGAAAACACCUCUCAACGUUCACAUGAGAUACCACACCGGCGAAAGGCCGUACGUCUGUGACAUAUGCGAAAGUGGGUUCGUGAGCAAAGGAGCUCUGUCUUUGCAUCAAAAAAAUAAGCAUGGAAAGUUAUGA